CACAGGUUGCGCCAUGCGGGCUCCUUUCUUGCAGCUGGCUUUUGCCGCCGCCGCCGAUGCUUUCCAGCAGAGAAGCCUUGCCUCCUUUCCGGCCGCUCCGCCUCCCGCCCCGUCUACUCCAACGUGGCCACUUGCUUUCUUGCUUUUGAGCCGUCUCCUUUAAGACCCAGGCUUCUUAGCUUAUAUCCCGCGCCGGAAGCGGAGCGGCGCCUUCAUUUCAGCUUUUCGGUGAAAGGGUGUCGACAGCAGCUGUGCUUCCACCCGCGCUCGUGCAGGGGCGGCUGGAGUCCUGGGAGCGCGGCGCCGGGCUAUGGAGAAAGAUCCGCGGCUGGGCCUGCCGGGGCUCAUCAGCGCCGGUUUAAUUGAAUAAUUCAAUGAGAGAAGAGCAGAUGGUGACAGUUGCCUCAUGUUAUCUACUGCUGUCCCUUUUGCCCUGCUGUGAUGGAUGAAUGGAAGCCUAACCCACAACCCAAGCCGUGGAAGAAACGCAGCUGGUACCUGGCCUGGAAGUACAAGUUGACAAAUCAGAGGGCACUCCGAAGACUGUGUCAGAUGGGAGCGGUCCUUUUCUUGCUGGUAACUGUUAUUGUGAACAUAAAGUUGAUCUUGGACACUAGAAGGGCAGCCAAUGAAGAAGACGAUUCAGCUCAUGAUUAUGAUGAAAGUUUGCAGAAGCUAGAGAUCCCUCGGCAGCCUAUCAAUAGCAGAAAAGUUCUGGACAUUGAGGCCUAUUCCAGUCGCUCCAAGGUUUAUGUUGCAGUUGAUGGGACCACGGUUUUAGAAGAUGAAGCCCGGGAACAAGGCAGAGGCAUCCAUGUCAUUGUGUUAAAUCAGGCCACAGGCCAUGUGAUGGCCAAGAGGGUUUUUGACACCUAUUCUCCCCAUGAAGAUGAAGCCAUGGUUCUGUUCCUCAACAUGGUGGCCAAGGGUCGCAUCCUUAUCUUCACAAUUAAGGAUGAGGGUUCCUUCCACCUUAAAGACACAGCCAAGAGUCUUCUGAAGAGUUUAGGGAGCCAGAUUGCAGCUUCCCUCAGCUGGCGAGACAUGUGGACAUUUGUGGGGAAAAAAGGAGGUGAGGUCUAUGGCGAGAAGCAUGCCAAGUCUGCAUUGCUCUCCUCAUGGGGAGAGCCAGUCUUGUUGAAAACGGAAGUCCAGUUAACCUCUGUGGAAGAGGCAGAAUGCCAUUGGCCAGAUACUGAGUUGAAUCGGCGGCGAAAGCGUUUUUGCAGCAAAGUGGAAGGUUAUGGAAGUGUCUGCAGCUGUAAAGAUCCUACACCUAUAGAGUUCAAUCCUGAUCCACUGAAAGACAACAAAGUUUUUGAUGUACCUGUUGCUGUCAUUGCAGGGAACAGACCUAACUACCUGUACAGGAUGCUGCGGUCCCUUCUGUCAGCACAAGGGGUCAAUCCUCAAAUGAUAACAGUUUUUAUUGAUGGAUAUUAUGAGGAGCCAAUGGAUGUGGUUGAAUUAUUUGGCCUGAAGGGAAUCCAGCACACACCCAUCAGCAUUAAAAAUGCAAGAGUCUCUCAGCACUACAAGGCCAGUUUGACUGCAACAUUCAACUUGCACCCGGAUGCAAAGUUUGCUGUAGUAUUGGAAGAAGACUUGGACAUUUCCAUUGAUUUCUUCAGCUUUCUAAGCCAGUCUAUCUAUUUGCUGGAAGAAGAUGACAGCUUGUAUUGCAUCUCUGCUUGGAAUGACCAGGGAUACGAACAUACCGCUGAGGAUCCUUCACUUCUGUAUCGUGUAGAGACCAUGCCAGGCCUGGGCUGGGUGCUAAGAAAGACUAUGUAUAAGGAUGAAUUGGAGCCCAAGUGGCCAACACCAGAGAAGCUUUGGGACUGGGACAUGUGGAUGCGCAUGCCAGAACAGCGGAAAGGCCGUGAAUGCCUCAUCCCAGAUGUGUCCCGUUCGUAUCACUUUGGCAUUGUUGGCCUCAACAUGAAUGGCUACUUCCAUGAAGCCUAUUUCAAAAAGCACAAGUUCAACACAGUCCCUAAUGUACAGCUUAAGAAUGUGGAGAGUUUAAAGAAAGAUGCAUAUGAAAUUGAACUUCAUCGUCUGCUCAGUGAGGCUGAAGUUCUAGAUCAUAGUAAAAAUCCUUGUGAGGAUUCUUUUGUGCCAGACACGGAAGGAAAAACCUACGUAAUGUACAUAAAGAUGGAACAGGAGGCAGAUUUCAAUACUUGGACUCAGCUUGCCAAGUGCCUCCACAUUUGGGAUCUGGAUGUCCGGGGGAAUCAUAAAGGACUAUGGCGGCUCUUUAGGAAAAAAAAUCACUUCUUGGUUGUAGGAGUCCCUGCCUCUCCAUAUUCAUUCAAAAAACCUCCUUCAGUGACCCCAAUCUACAUAGAACCCCCAGCCAAGGAUGAGGCAGCAGGAGCAGAGCAAACAUGAAGCAGAUCAUGGAGUGUUGACCAUAUUGCCUUCAUAGCCUGCAGAAUAGGAGGGCAGAGGAACACUUAGAGCUCUCUGGGACUGCUUUUCUCUGGAAGUCUGGAGAAGUAGGACAAGCCAAAGGGAGCUUUCCCCAUCCCUCAUCCUCAGGCUGCUGCUGAGAGUGGAUAAAUUGCCUUGGAAGAACAGGCAUCUUUAAUAUUUUUCUAAGCCAGCGAAACAAUGCAGUUGUCUCAUUUUUAAUAUUGAUGCUUUACUAAUUGUGGGCCACUAUUUCCCCAAAUUGGGGUUGGGCCUGAGGGAGCUGUUUGAAAGGGAUUGAGUCCCUUUAGAAGCUCUUUCCACGUUGUUACCUGAGGAUAUAUAAUUUUUUUUAAUUUAUUAGUUUGCUGCAGUGGUCAGCCACUUUCUAAAGGCUUGUUUUCUUGCUUUAUAUUUCUGAUGGUUUUUGAGGUGAGUAAUAAUGAUGGGAAAUGUUCCUAGAAAGCAUAUGGGGCCAUACCUUAAACCCACAUACCACUGCCUGGCUAGUGACUUUAUGGUCAGUGGUUCACAUGCGUACAAAGAAGAGUUUUGUGGCCUUGGCUUCAUGAUCAAAGGAUGCAAGCUGCAAAAGAACUGCAUGUGUUUGCUGUGUACUGAAUGUCCUGAUCACGCAGGCUCGGAAUUUCCUUUUUUCCCCCUCUCAUCCUCUCCUCCCAUUGGACAGAGAUGGCAGUGAAAGGUUGUCCCUUUCAAAGUUAUGGGUUCUAGGUUCCCUGUGGAUCUGCCUGGAUUUAGCUAAGGCAGUUGGUCUUGGUUAAAAUAUCUGAAAAGAUACAGGCUACAUGGUUUCAUCAUUUCCAUAAAAUGCCUGCAGAAAGAGCUAAGCAGCAGUAAAGAAGAAAAGUGCCUUGAGCAAGCAUGUGCUGGCCUGGGAAGCUUUAGUAUAUCAGGGUGCAGAAAUAGUAAAUGAGUCGGAUUAAAUCUUACUUCUGAGUGAGGCUGGUCUGUAGGUUUCUGGAAACCAAACCCAGAAGUAGCCAGCCAUGAUAGGGUCUUUCUACAACUAAUUGAGACUCCACUUGCUCUCCCUCCUGUGAUGUAACCUGAGUCCCACUCCUGCUAAAUGUGAAGUGCAGGUACUAAAGUAUUUUGCCCCCAAAGGAAAAUCCAAAGGGACUUGUAUGCACCGAGGAAGAUUUUGGUACUAAGUCCUAAGAAAGGGCAACUGGGGGCUCUCCUAGAUAGAUAAUCAGAGGUGGAAGGGUGUGGGGAGACAAAGGAGGAAGCAAUUCAGGGAUAAAGAGGAAAUCAUGGUUUCCUCUUGGAUAUCCUGUGCCUUAUGGAGAAGAGGGAACGUUUUAGGUCUCAAAUGUGACUUUCAAUAUAUUCACACCAUGAAUAGAUUAAGGGAAAAGGAAAUGAACAUUCCCCUCAAGGGAACAACUAGAUUCUAGUUUGAGGCUACCUUUCCUUCAUUUUGUUGAGUUAUCUCUUUGUGUUUUCCUCUUUUUCCUCACUGUCCUCCAAACUUGUCUAAUACCAGUAUGAGUUAAAGAGCAAAUACCUUUUCCUGUCCAUAAGGCAGCUUGAAAACUUCUUGUUUUGAUUGGUUAGCUAACGCAUGGUUCUCCUUGACACUCAGGCUCCUACUUAUUCUAGAGCCCAAGAGUUUCUGUGCUUGAAUGAGACCUCAAGUAGAACGUAUGACCCAACACUGUCCUAAGCAUGAUAUUUGCAAAGGUCAUCUGUCUGCUGUGUCCCUACAGUUUUCAUUGGCAAAGUAAUGGAUAAUUCAUGCAAGGAUCUCUGCCGACAAAAAUUGUGGUCCUCAGGGCACUAUCAGUCUUGAGUACAGAUGGUGGUCUUCCAUUUGCAGGAUGUAUGUGAACUCCAGUGUAGAGAGUACAACAGUGCUGUUUUGCUCUGCCUUGACUUCAUUUCCUGCCAUGUGAAGAAGGAGAAAUGGCUUUUUCUAAACACAGAAGAGACGUAACUUACUAAGAUUCCUGAUAGGGAUGUCAUUCAGAUGUCAUUUUAAGUAUGCAAAUGG